GCCGAAAAUACAAUUUAAAUUAAAUAUUAUUAUAUAACAUUCGUAAAAAAUGGCUGAUAUUAAACAACUGUUGAAGGAGGCAAGGAAGCAUAUUGAUGAAAAAAAUUACAAAGAUGCUCAAGAGUGCUGUAAAAACCUCCUUAGAAAAGAUAAACAAAACUAUUUUGGGUUAGUGUUACUAGGUAAAUCCUUCCAAGAUUCUGACCAGGCGUGUUUAGCAUAUCAAAAAGCAAUUGCAUGUAAACCCAGUCACCCCUUAGCUUGGCUAGGAUUAGCCAGCUAUUAUGAAGCCCAUGACGAUCAAAUCAUGAAUGUUAAACUACUCCCCGUAUAUGUUGAAAUAUUAAAAUUACAAAUUGAAGAGGAGAAAGCUCUCGAAAUCAUUUCGAAAAUCGGAAAGUUAGGAGUUAGAUACAAAAAUGGUGAUGUUGUUGAAACUUUAAUAAAUUAUCUUAAAGAAGAACCACCAACGACUUUACGUAAAUCAGCUGAAGAGCAAUUGAUCUGUCUUAUUAAUGAAAAUAUACCUUGUGGAGAACCAAUUAUACCUGCUCUUUUGGAAAUCUUACCUAAACUAAUAACCACAUCAUCCGAUCAAAAUGAAUUAUUGCAAAGUAAAAUCAUACUGCAAAAAACUAAUUUUUCUUUAGCAGUGGAGGAAAUUAUUGAGAAAAGUUAUUUCAAAGAAAAUAUUGUUGUGAGAGAAUGGCUUUGCAAUCAAUUGUGUAAAAAAUAUGUAGAGAACAUGUGUUUUUUUGGUUUGGAUAUAGAGAAACAUAUAGAAACCAUUAUUUCUGGAGUUGUGAACUCCAAAUAUCCAGAUCUUUUGAAGAGUAUGAUUGCCUUUGAGAAAGGUUUUUAUUUAGAUGCAUACAAAUUUUCUGUUCCUCUCAUUAAUUACCAUGAACCAGAAUUUACUGAGGGAAUUUUUAUUAUAAAAUGUACUAUGAAGCUUCAAAAAUGGUCUGUAGCUCAAAAACUAGCAACAAAUUUUUUAACAAAAGUUAAGGAUUCUAGAUUUUGCUUAGAAUUGAAUAAAAAUUUAUUUUACUCUUUAGUAAAACAACAAAAAUGGCAAUCUGCACUAUUGGUUUCAAAAAAUAUACAAAAGAAUUCACACAGUAUUCAAGAUUCAUUCAAUGUUGAUGAGCUUGCAUCAGUGGUGGAGUGUUUGAUUGAAGUAGGUGAACCAUUUGAUGAUUUAUUGAAUGAAUUACAGUCUACAAAUUAUUAUGAAUCUUUGAAGGCAUUAUCUUUUUUAAAACAAGGUAAAUUUGAUGAUGUUGUAAAUUUACUUCAAAACAGCAAUCUAGAAAAUUCAAUUAAUGUUUUUUAUUUGGGUAAGGCAUAUUGGGAACUUAAAAAAUAUAAUGAAGCACUUUUAAAUCUGCUAAAAUCUGCAAGAUUGAAUUCUGAACAUUUUGAAACAUUUAUAUAUUUAGGACAUUUUUACUAUCACACCAAAAAUGACUUACUUAAGGCAAAAAAGUGUUAUGAAAAGGCUUAUAGCUUAAAUAAUCUUGAUGGCAACUUACUCAGAAGUUUAAGUGAUGUUUAUUUAAAACUAAAACUUACUGACAUGGAUUUUGAAAUGUUGACCACAAUUUCAAAAACUACAAAUGAAUCAUGGAUUCAUUUUAGGCUUGGAUUACAUUACUUAAAUAGAAAAGAAUGGGAAAAUGCUAUCAUAUAUUUUAGAAACGUUGUUAAGAUCAACCAGAAUGAUACAACAGCAUUUGAAUGUUUAGCAGAUGCAUAUUACUGCCGUGGUUCAUAUACCUCUGCAUUGAAAGCAUAUAAUAGGUUAUUGACACUAGAUCCAAAUAAAGCUAUCCAUUGUCUAACAAGGAGUGGAUAUAUAUUUUCACUUUUAACACAGCAUGAAGAAGCUAUUUGCACUUUUCAGAAAGUUCUUUCAAUGGAUCCCAAUUGUAUUUUAGCUGUGAAGGGAAUUGCAGAAACAUGGAUAAGAAUAUCUAAGAAGAAAAUAGCAGCAAAAGUUUUUGGUAGCGCUAGAGAUUGUGCCCAGAAAGCUGUUGAUUAUUUAACAGAUGUAUUAGAGAAACAAACAAAUAAACAAUUUACUUGUUUAUGGAAACUAUUAGGAGACACAUUGAUUAUGGUAACAAAAUUACCUAUGAAAUAUGCAUAUAUUUAUAUGAGUGAACUUUCAAAUGAAUCUGUUAAAGUUAAAAAGGAGCUCUUGGAUAUAUUUCCAGAAGCAAUUAAAUGUUAUUCAUAUAUUUCUAAACAAAAGCAACAAUUUGCUUCUUAUGAUUUGGCUACCACCUAUUUAGCUUAUUAUAACGUAACUAAGAAAGUUGUGAAUUGCCAUAUAGCUUUUAAUUUGACCAUGACAUGCAUUAAAGAAAAACCACAACACUGGCGUAGUUGGAAUUUACUGGGAAAAAUUGGUUUAUAUGUUAAGAAAUAUGAAAUUGCACAACAUUGUUUCAUAAAAGCUUUGUUAUCCACAAGAAAAUGGUCAGUGGCAAAGAUAUGGUGCAACCUUGGUACACUGUAUUUAAAAUUAAAACUUUAUAGAUUGGCCAAUUAUUGUUUUUGGCGUGGACAAUCUACUUUACCAUCAUAUCCCCAUAGUUGGAUAGGUCAAGGUUUGAUAGCAGAAGUCAUAAGGGAAGAGGAAGCAAUGGAUCUGUUCAGACAUGCAUCCCGCUUAGGUUACCAUUCUGAAAGUGCACUAGCAUAUGCAGAUUGGGUUUGUCGUGUGUUUAACAACAAAAAAUAUCAGGAAGACCCUGAAUAUAAAUAUGAGAUUCAAGGUCUUUAUGCAGUCACUUGUGCCAUGGAUCUGAUGCAGUGGUUUUGCGACUUUGAUUCAAAGAAUCCUUGUGCUUUAACAAUUCUAGGAAUCUUACAAGAACAAAGUUUACUUCUACGAAGUGCUCUAAAAUCAUAUGAGAAAGCUUUACAGUAUUGUGAAGGAGAUAAAAAGAACAUAGCACUUCUAAAUAUGGGAAGGAUUUUGACAAGAAUGGGAAAUUAUGAUGAUGCUAUCAAUGCCUAUAAAUCAAUUACAGAAGCUAGUCUAAAUUCUACAACUGGUUUAGCUUUAGCUUUAUUCAAGAAGGGAUUUUUUGAAGAGGCCUAUUCUGCAUAUGAGACUGCUUUACAAUGGCUCAGUGAAACCGAUGAAGAUAAGGCAGAUCUCCUUGUGGCUAUGGCUAGUUCUGUAUAUACACAGAAAGGAGUAAAUGACACAAAAACGCUACUCUUUCGGAGUAUACAAGCUUCCCAGAAAAAACCCACGGCUCACAGUUUGUUUGCAGUUUGCUCUUUAGGACUUUUACAUGCAGAUAAAAGUUUAUCCAAAUUAGCAAUAUGUGAAAUGCAGAAGUAUGAUAAGGAUGACGAAUUUGUUUUCGAUAUUGGUUUCCUAAAAUCGUACUUGCAUGUAUAUGACGAAAAUAUGAACCAAGCAACCAAAUUUCUGAGCGAUUCUCUGCAUGAUUUUCCAAGUAAUGCUCUAUUGUGGUUUUGCAUGGCACAGUAUUGUCUUAUGGAGACAAAUCUUAAGGCCAAAGUUUCUAGCCGAUGUGCGCAAAGGGCAUUGAGUUUAGCUCAAAAUAAUGAAAGCAAUAUUAAUCUUGCUAAAUUAAUAGCCACAGCAAGCGUAGCUGAAUUUAUAGCAGGAGAUCGUGUAAGAGCUUUUAUAUUAGCAAAACAAGGUUUACAUUUAUUUCCAUGUCAACCAGAAAUAUGGGCUGCAGUAUUACGUUCCCUUGUAUCCCAUAAAAUAUGGUUAGUUAAAAAACCAUGUAUUAUGAGAAUAACAGAUUUUAUGCGUAAAAAUUUAAAUAUAUCGCGUCGUCUUGCUAAGUGGAUCACUCUGGUAGAAAAAAAAUUAAGUAGGUAGGUAGUGUUUAAAAAAUAUU